CGCCGCCGCCGCCAGUGCCGAGACCCCGACCUGGCGGGGCUGCGCUGGGCGUGCGUGCGGGCAGGCGGGGGCGCUGCUGACGAGGAGCAGGGAGCGGCGGCCACGCGGGCGUGGGCGGCUGGUGGAGGUGGAGGCGCUGGGAGGCGGCGGCCGGUCGCGUGGGGCGGCCCUCCUCGCUCAGAAUUAUGGAUCCAAGCCUGUUGAGAGAACGGGAGCUGUUCAAAAAACGAGCUCUCUCCACUCCUGUAGUAGAAAAACGUUCAGUAUCUUCUGAAUCAUCAUCAUCAUCAUCAAAGAAGAAGAAAGCAAAGCUAGAACAUGGAGGAUCAUCAGGCUCUAAACAGAAUUCUGAUCAUAGCAAUGGAUCAUUUAACUUGAAAGCUCUAUCAGGAGGCUCUGGAUAUAAGUUUGGCGUUCUUGCUAAGAUUGUGAAUUACAUGAAGACACGGCAUCAGCGAGGAGAUACACACCCUCUCACUUUAGAAGAAAUUUUGGAUGAAACACAACAUUUAGAUAUAGGACUCAAGCAGAAACAGUGGCUAAUGACUGAGGCAUUAGUCAAUAAUCCCAAAAUUGAAGUAAUAGAUGGGAAGUAUGCCUUCAAGCCCAAAUACAACUUGAAAGAUAAGAAAGCCCUACUUAGGCUGUUAGAUAAACAUGACCAGCGAGGCUUAGGAGGAAUUCUUUUAGAAGACAUAGAGGAAGGACUGCCCAAUUCCCAGAAAGCUGUCAAGGCUUUAGGGGACCAGAUAAUAUUUGUAAAUCGUCCUGAUAAGAAGAAAAUUCUUUUCUUCAAUGAUAAGAGCUGUCAGUUUUCCGUGGAUGAAGAGUUUCAGAAACUCUGGAGGAGUGUCACUGUGGAUUCAAUGGAUGAGGAGAAAAUUGAAGAAUAUCUGAAGCGACAGGGUAUUUCUUCCAUGCAGGAAUCCGGACCAAAGAAAGUGGCCCCUAUUCAGAGAAGGAAAAAGCCUGCUUCACAGAAAAAGCGCCGGUUUAAGACCCACAACGAACACCUGGCUGGAGUGCUGAAGGACUACUCUGACAUUGCUCCUGGCAAAUAGGGAACAGUUUUGUUCAUGAGCCAGGAGUUAAUAAGUACAAAGUCAAGAUCUUUCUUGUUGAUGCUGGGCUCUGAGGACGUCUCCCCAUGCUACUUAGGACUGAGGGGAGAAGCUGUUCAGUUUACAGAACAAGAGCAAAUUACCAAACUCAAAGCUUUCUUUAAUUGAAUGGGCUAAUGAGAUAUGUGAUAUUCCCUGUUAACCUUCUGUUACUUCUGGGGGAAAGGCGCUUAGCAUGGCAUGCAGGUGUCUUUGCUACUUCUAUUUCUAAGUGGUUCCUGGUUCCAUUUUUCUUCCUUUAUUACUUUAGAACAAGUUGGCAGAUAAAUAGUCUUGAAUGCAAUAUUUGUUUAUUCCAAAAGAACAUAUUUAUAAUAAAAUCAUUGUAGAAGGAACUCUAA